UGAUCGCUGAUGCUGCAACAAAAAGUAAGGAACUUCAGUUAUUCCAGCAUUACUGAGUGGGACUGAACUGAUUAUAACAUUUCUAGAAUAGUUUAGUUUUUGUAUAAAGGGGUUGGUUUGGUUGAGAACUAAAAUGAAGCCAGCAGUGGUUCUGCUGGGCCUUGUCCUGCUGGUGGACACCACUUUUGGAGCAGAAGAAUCCUGCGAGGGUCGCUGCGGCUCCUUUGACCCCCAGGUGAAAUGCCAGUGUGAUUCCAUGUGUGUGUACUACGGAAGCUGCUGUUGGGACUUUUCCACCAUCUGUCCCAAAAAAAUUUCUCGAGGAGACACGUUUGAGGAGGUGGAGGAUGUGAUGGACAUAGAGCCGAGUUCUAAUACCACCCUCAAACCUACUGUCAACACUGUUGCACCGACGGCUCCUUCCCCUUCAGCACCACCACCUAGCACCACCCUUGGUUGGACUCCACCCACUGACCCAGAUGCUGCCAGCUGCAGUGGUCGACCUUUUGACGCGUUUCUGCAGCUGAAGAACGGGUCCAUCUAUGCAUUUAGAGGAGAAUUUUUUUUCGAGUUAGAUGACAAGUCUGUACUUCCCGGUUAUCCUAAACUCAUCCAGGAUGUGUGGGGAAUCUCCGGACCCAUCAGUGCUGCAUUCACACGCAUCAACUGCCAGGGAAAAUCCUACAUCUUUAAGGGUAAAAGGUACUGGAGGUUUGACGGUGAUGUUUUGGAUGAGGACUAUCCGAGAGACAUUUCCAUCGGAUUCGAGGGCAUUCCGGAUGACGUGGAUGCAGCGUUUGCUGUACCAGCUCCAAGUCACAGAGGAAAGGAGAAAGCCUACUUUUUUAAAGGAGACAAAUAUUACCAGUACGAGUUCAAGAACCAGCCGUCUCAUGAGCAGUGCAUUCAGAUGACCAGAUCCUCCCCGUCGGUGCUGUUCACCAGAUACACAGACCUGUUCUGUGACCAGACCUUUGAGGAUAUUUUUACAGAGCUCUUUGGGGGUUCAUCUAGCAGUCAUUCUACUGGCCACCGAUUCAUCAGCACUGACUGGUAUGGCAUCAGAGGCCCUGUAGACGCCACCAUGGUGGGAAAAGUUUACAUCAGCACCAAACCAACAGCAUCACCCCCACUUGCAAGGAGAAGGAGCAAGCACAGAAAGAGGCCUAGUAAAAGGCGAGGCUUUCAUCGGAGAAGGUAUAGCCGCCACGUGUUUGAUGACUUGUGGCCCUACAGUAGCUGGUUUGACCUUAGCAACGAGUACAGCGACCUGAUGGAAGAAACUGCCAUGCAGGACCAGAGAAACUCCCCGGUCCAAAACGUUUACUUUUUCAUCAGAGAUAAGUACUACAGGGUGGCUUUGCAGACAAAGCAAGUGGAUGCUGCUGAUCCCCCUUACCCAAGAUCCAUUGCAAAAUACUGGCUGGGGUGUGAACAUGAGGAGACACUUAAUUCUUCCAGGGCAGAGAAAUGAUAGAUCAGCUAAAGAUAAAAAAAAAACUCGUUCUAACUCUCAAAUAUGAGCUUCUAAGUAUUGUAAUAAAAUGUUCUAAUACAUAUUUUAGUUCAUGAUAAAUGUUCCAUAGGAAGAUGUGCUACUUUCUACCUGUGAGUGAUUUUGUUUAACACACAUAACUGUGCAUAAAGCUAAAUAAACUUUCACUACCCUAUAAUA